AUGCCAUACUACUCAGAAUAUCAAUCAAACCGUUCCGAACGCGAUGUACCACAGAACGCUUCCGCCAGGUCAAGCACGCACGCGGACGCCGACAGCAACAUGGACGGCAGCAACCAUAGUUUCCGAGAUGUGGCUCCCAACCAACAGCCACCCGUCGACCUGAAUGAAUUAAUGGGGCCAGCCAUCGAGGGUCCUCCCUCCCCAGAGAGAAUUCGUCAAUUAAGCAAGCAAAUGAAACAUGCGUCUCACCUCCACCGGGGCCACCGAACCGUGUCUUCGGGCUCCUCGUCACUUCUGGCCUCUGAAUUCGACAGCAUGAGUAUUACACGCCGAUCCUCGCAGCGAUCUACAACCAGUGGCAGCCCUUCUCGAGACCGACCCGACAGCGUCCAGGUAUUGGGCAAGAAUAUUUUCCAUCGCCGUGCCAAGUCGAGCAAGUCGGGUCGGUCGAAGCGCGAAAGCAGUGCACACAGCUCAUCAGGAAGCUCGCUAUACUCUGCGGAAACUGGCAGUGAGAAUUCCCUGGCGACCUUCAAGGACUCUUUUAUUCCAACCAUUUUCGCCCGCCGGAAAACAUCUCGAGACGAAUCGGCACUGCAGAAGAAACUGCACAUAUCUGGACCUUUCAACUUUCAGCAUGUUACCCACACACCACGGGAUCAGAUCGUCAGCCUCCAGCGGGGCAGCCGCAUGGAAUUGAUGUCUGAGAUGUCGGCCAUGCGCACUGCAGACCCGACAAGCCAGGAUCUCCACUUUCGAAACUUCUCUUCAGAACAUCUGGGUGAGCAUCAGAACCCAUCGCCCAGGUUCCAAACGGGAGCUCGGCGGUUGCUCAAGCACGCCCGGUCACAGGAGCAGCUCCGGACCAGCCCUCCUCCCCGGCCGGUGCGACCCCCGAGAUCACCCCCCAUGGAGCCGCUACACUCUCCGACCCUGGGCCCUAUACCUCCUCCGCGAGUGUCAAGCCGCCAAUCGACCCAGCGAGAUGGCGAGUCCGCAGAUCGCCCCCAGACCAGCGGUGGCUUCCGACGACCCCGACCCUUUAGCCCCGAUGAGGCCCUGGAUCAACCUCCAGCAACCUCUCACGGCUAUGGGGCUGCUCAGGAAUCGGAGGAGCUGGUGGUAGAUGAGCAUCGGUUUUCGCAUGCUAUCACCACGCCCGACGACGCAGCUUGGCCAUUGGGAGCCCCUGGCGUUGCCUCCUAUGAGUCGCCACUGCCUGACGUGCCAGAGGAGGAGGAGCACUUUGUCCACACUGGGCGCUCCCGAGUCAGCGUCACCAGCACCAGGUCUUCUUUGAGGGCCAGCCAGUCGGUACCUGUUCUCCGAGGAUUCCAAAGGCCCAUGAGCGGAGCUUCAGACACACUGGGACCUCUGGAGAACCGCAAGAGUAGUCAUCACGACGGCAGUGGAGCCGACGUGCCAUCGAUCAGGGAGAGCUGGGAGGACGAUAUCGACUACUGCUACGAACACGAGGCCGAUGCCAACUUUGACUAUGAGUGGGAGCGACCCUCUAUGGAUGUUGAACAAGACAUGACGCCGCCGGUGCAAGUGGCCAUGGCAGAUGAUGAGUUGAGGGAGGUACCGACCAUCGGCACGGCCGAGUCGUCUCCCGGUAUGCUUUCCGCAUCCCGUUUUGAUAUACCGGCUCUAAGCCCAGCCAGUCAAGCCUCGCCUCCCGUCGGCCACGAGGCUCUCACCCCCAGCUCGGCUGCGGUGACGAACAACUUUUCCUUCCCACGCGGGGAGAAGGCGACUCGACCUCCCAACUUGAGCCAUAGCCACAGCCGCUCCGACUCUCGCGCGUCCAGCUUCAAGGAGUCUCAUGGCUUCACCCUUUCACCGUCUCUCCUCAUUCCUGGCGACUACCAUCAGCAGAUGCUCCUCUCAGAGGCUGAGAAGCACAGCUACACGGGUGAAGACGAGAUUGUCCACGGCAUGGUUGGCUCUGGACUCCCCUACGAGGAUGCCAGCAACGCAGCCAGCCACGCCUCGCUGACCCUGUCGCAUCAGCGCGCCAGCGUCUCGACGACAGCGACCAGCUCAACAACCAUCUCGGACUCGACGGGAGAGCGCCAUGUCUCAACCAACUCGACAUGGACCAACCUGACGCGCCUCACAAGCAGCACAUCGCUUAGCAAGUGGGCUGAGGCAAACGAUAGCAUCCCCGAGUCCCACCUCGUUGACCCACAGAAUGACAGCGACGAAGAGGAGACGACUCCUCCCGCCUUCAGAGAGAAAGAUACGGUGCCGGAGCUGACACCUUUCCCGUCAGUGCCUGUUGGCAAGCGAUCUCUUCACAAGAGCCACGCAAGCGAGUCAAUUGUCCGAGACGAGGUGCCCCCGAUGAAGUCGGCCGAGGUCACCAAGGGUCGACGCCCACGAGCGAGAACGACGAGCCUCAGCGCAGCGGUUCCGCCUGUCGGACAGUAUGCCUUGUUCCCUCGGACAUACGUCAAGGGAAACAAUGAUCGAAUCUAA